CUGUAAUAAUAAAAUCUCAUCUCCAAUUAACACAUAUUCCUACGCGAAUUGCGUCCCAAUGUCACUGUUCCCCCCCCUCCCCUCCAUCCAUCCCCCUUCGUGCUUCCUGUCUGUCAUCAUCCCUCCAUCGAUGAAGUGACAUUUUUUGAUUACAUGUGCUGCUAGCUUACUUAAUGUAAGUUGGUUCCAUUCUUACUUUUUCCUCUCUCGAUCACCAACCUACAUGUGGUUUGAAACUUCAAAGUUUCAUCCAAACUUCGGUGUGUAAAUGCCUCGGGAACGAACCUGAAUUUCCAACUACGGGAACGGCCCGACGCUAGCGCUUGAGCUCUUGAUCCGUUAGUUACGAUCACAGAUCACACAAAAUACAUACUUGUCUAUCUCCAUAUACCUAUAUACCUCCCUAGGUAACUUAAUACUUGAGAUAAGACCCGACUGACCGGAUGGAGGCAACCAACGUCACCUCAAGUUCACCAAAAGAUCGAGGGAGACAUAGGUUAUUGGCUGUGAGACCCUCAACGGCUAGUAGCAGAGCCACUUCGGGUUCCUCUCGCCAUCAUCGUACCCCGCUCCCACAUAGCCCUCGUUCCCCAUUAUACACCGAUAAUUUCACCUUGUCCGCACACCCCCCUGGGACCUAUCACCCGUCUAGCCCGCCAGCACCGUCUUUCAUGUCAACGACCAGCAGUGGCACAGAUCGACCACCGUCGCCAUCGCCAACUACCGCCGAUGUUGCCGGCCAUUUUCAGUAUGCCUUAAGCUCGGCCGAGGGUCUAUCUUCCGGACUGCAAUUCAAUCCGGCCUUGGAGCAAGGGUGGCCGCGGAUUGACCCUGACGGUGCAGGUGAUGGCGCCGGUGUUGAUGAGGAAGACGAUCAUGAUCCGGAUGAAGGUCUUUCUCUCUCCCCCCGCCAGACUCGAAGGAGGGAUUCCACGAAGGCCGCUAGUAGUUCGAGCUCGAGCUCUUCGAGAUUCUUUCGCUCGAUAGUAUACAAGUUUGGCCGCACGUUCAACAGGAACUACUUCCUCCCUUCGGAUAAGCAAGAACAAGAGCGCAUGAACCUUCAGCAUGAAAUAAGUGUCGAAGUUCACGAUGGCGAGCUACAUCUCUGUCCAGUAAUAAAGCCGAGGAGAGUCCUCGAUGUCGGCACGGGUACAGGCAUAUGGGCCGUGGAAUUCGCCCGAAGGAACCCAGAUAGCGAAGUGCUUGGGAUCGAUCUAAAUCCAGUCCCACCGCCUAUCGUACCCAACUGCCAUUUCGGCGUAGCAGACGUGUAUGAUGAAUGGAAGUACGGCGGUCCCUUUGAUUUCAUCCACGUGCGAAGCUUAGGCGAGCCUACCGAUAAGCGCAAGCUGUUCAGACUGAUCUACGAGAAUCUCGCGCCCGGCGGCUGGGUCGAGUUUCAGGAAUGGAUUCUUCACGCCCAAUCCUCAGACCGCUCUCUCGACGGCACGGCAUUCCAAAAAUGGAAUAAACUCAUGUCCGAAGGUAUCAAACAUUUAGGGAAGUCCCUGUUCUACGCCCUCGAUUACAAACGUACCCUCGAGCACACGGGCUUCGAGAAUAUCGUCGAGCGGAAGUACGCCGUACCUACUAAUACAUGGCCUCCGGGGAAGCAGAGCCAGAGGAUUGGCGCGAUGCAGAGGGCGAAUACGCUACAGAUCAUCGAUGUUUUCUCGUGGCCCGUGUUUUCGAAUGGGUUGGGGUGGUCUAAAGAUGCUCUGGAUAGGCUACUGAUCGAAGUGCGGAAGGAUAUUGAGAACACGCGCAUCCAUUCGUAUUCUACUUUAAUGACAGUAUACUGCAAGAAGCCGCAUUCAUCUACUACAUCGUCCCUAGCCACGGCGGAAACACCACCGAGGCUACCGAGGCCGUCCAUGUCAUAGUAAACACAAAAGGAGGAAUUGAGUCUAAUUCGGAUGUAACCCUGCAAUCCUGUGAAAGGGAUAGUGUAAUGGAUUGUAAGGAUAUAGGUAUUGGGCAGAAUGGAGGUGACGGGCAUGGAAUUAGACGCAGGACAGCGUUGGCGUUUGGGGGCGGUCGAUUGGGAGGCCCCAUUGGCAAUGGAGUACGUAAAGAGUGUGUUCCAUUAAUGAUAGGUUACUGCUAGGUAGCCUACCUAGUACCUAACAAAAAUAAAAUGUUUCAGAUGACCGACAUCUUUCAGAGG